AUGGGCACGCCGCCGGCCAACCCCAGGAAACCGGUCACCCUCCCUGUCCUCAAGAAGAUGCACAAGGGGGGUGAGCCCAUCACCAUGAUCACGGCCCACGACUUCCCCAGCGCCCAUGUCGCCGAUGCGGCCGGGGUGGACGUCAUCUUGGUUGGUGACAGCCUGGCUAUGGUUGCCCUGGGAAUGGAGGAGACAAGUGAAGUCUUGCUUGAGGAGAUGCUGCUACACUGCCGGUCCGUGGCACGUGCCACGAAGGCUGCGUUCACAAUUGGCGACCUUCCCAUGGGUUCCUAUGAAAUCUCGCCAAGCCAAGCACUUGAGACGGCCAUCCGCUUCAAGAAGGACGGGCGCAUGCAGGGUGUCAAGCUAGAGGGCGGCCAGGAGAUGGUGCCCACGAUCCAAAAGAUCGUCGGCGUCGGGAUCCCCGUCCUCGGCCACGUGGGCUUGACACCGCAGAGGCAGCAUAUCCUCGGGGGCUUCCGUGUCCAGGGCAAGACGAAGGCCAGUGCGGCGAAGAUUCUCGAUGACGCCCUCGCGCUUCAGGAAGCGGGCUGCUUCGCGCUUGUCAUAGAAGCCGUCCCCGCCGAGGUUGCGGCCCUCAUCACCGAGAAGCUAUCGAUCCCGACCAUCGGGAUAGGCGCCGGGAAUGGCUGCUCGGGCCAGGUGCUGGUGCAGGUCGACAUGACAGGUAACUUCCCGCCUGGGAGGCGCAUCCCCAAGUUCGUCAAGCAGUACGGCAACGUGUGGUCGGAGAGCCUCCGGGCCAUCGAGGCGUAUCGGGACGAGGUGAAGAGCCGGCAGUACCCUGCCCCCGAACACACGUACGACAUGCCCAAGCAGGAGUUUGAGGGGUUCGUCGAGGCGACCAAGGGUGUGUAA